AGAAACCACCCCAGCUCAUGCCAUGGAGGUGGAAGGUUCUUUUUGUUUAACUUUCUCAGGCGUUGUUAUUUCUUUCCUGUCUCUGAUCUUUUUCCUCCUGGAUGCGGUGCUGGACCUGUGGGCUGUCGAGUGCCUUUAUGAACAUAAAAAAUACUUCUCCAUAGGAUUGUUGAUAUUCUUUCUGCUCGGUUCUUCGGUUCUAAUGCAGAUCUUUAGCUGGAUCUGGUACUCUGAUCCCGACAAAACUGCUCCAGAGACCAAAAUAGAGAGUUUCAUCAGGAGACACAAUUUGCUGAGUCUGGUUCACAUCUUCCAGCUCGGAGUCUUGCUCAGGAUUGCAGCCGUUAUUGAGACCUCGAUUUGCAGAUUUAAACGACGAGACCUUUGUCCGAAGACGAAACUCAUACACAUAAAACACAACCUCAACAUGUUGUUACUGUUUGAGGCGUUCUCUGAAAACGUGCCACAGCUUGUCCUGUUGACGCCGUUCAUCGUGGAGAUGCAGGAGAUACAGACCUUCACAGUCCUUAAAAUCACCAGCCUCUCCUUCACCAUGUUGUCUUACCAUCGCAAAAUGCGCGAGUUCGUCCCUGACAAACAUAAGAUGGGAUGGUCUUCAUCUGUCUUCUACUUCCUGUGGAACUUGUUCCUGAUUGGUCCGCGUGUGGUGAGCGUGUCUCUCUUCGCCUCGGCACUGCCCUGCUACAUCGCCGCUCACUUCCUGUCCCUGUGGACGCUGCUGGUCCUCUGGGCCUGGUGGCAGGAGACAGACUUCAUGGACAGUAAAGCUGGAGAAUGGCUGUACCGAGCCACUGUAGGCAUCAUCUGGUACUUCAGCUGGUUUAAAGUUAUGGUUAAAAAAAAUAAAGUAGCACCUGGAAGCACCAAACACAAAGCAGUCAUCUAUCACGCGGUCAUGGGGACGGACACCAUGCUGCUGUUAGGAUUAUGGUGCUGGAAGAGAUCUGUGGAAUCGGCUCGUCUUUGUCCGCUACCUAUUAAUCCCUACCUGCUUAUCGCCUUGUUAGUGACCAGCUACAGUAUAGGAGUCCUACUGAAACUGCUUUAUUACUGGAAAUUUCAUCCUAAACAUGCAGAUUUACACAUGGAUAAGAAAGAUAAGAUGUUACAGAUGAAAUCAGAGGAUGAUGCAGAACAUUAUGAUGUUAUAGAGACAGACUCGAGGGAGAUCCCUGAUCCUGAACCUUAAACAGAACCUAAAUUACAUCUAAACUACAAGUUCAGGAAACUAUACAUAAGUGAUCUAAUGUUUAAAUCUAUACCUCAGACUGUAUUGCUGUUUAAACCUGAGAUAUGUUGUGUAGUGUAUGUAGUAUAUGUAGUGUAUGUAGUG